AUGUUUUCAUUGGAUGAUUUGGAAAUUCGCCUUGUCCGUUUUUCUGAUGGCAGCGGUGGUCAGAGUAUCAGACAGCAGGAAAAACCGUCCUGCGGGAGCAAUCCCGUCCCCUUACAAAGACAGCAGCAGCAACAACUCAGAGCGGAGGCAGCAUCUGAACAAGGAGGUGCUGGCCUCCAGCCAGGAGGCCCUUGUGGUAACCGAGAGGAAGUACCUGAAGAGUGACUGGUGCAAAACGCAGCCCCUGCGGCAGACUGUUAGCGAGGAGGGCUGCAUAAGCCGUACUAUCAUCAACCGCUUUUGCUAUGGGCAGUGUAACUCCUUCUACAUACCGCGGCACGUGAAAAAGGAGGAGGAAUCCUUCCAGUCGUGUGCCUUCUGCAAGCCGCAUAAGGUCACCUCCUCAACCGUGCAGCUGGAGUGCCCGGAGCUGGACCCCCCUUUCCGACUCAAGAAGAUCCAGAAGGUGAAGCAGUGCCGCUGCAUGUCUGUGAAUCUCAACAACUCAGGCAAACUGUGAGAGCAGCGAGUACCUACUGCGUGGUGUUGGCCCCAUCACACUGUUGCCUCUCCUCUCCCACUGAGCAGACUCACUGUCUAUCAUAUUGAUUUGGUUUUUUUUCCUGCCUUUUUUUCUUUUCCUUCCUUUCUUUCUCUCAGGAGGCAUUUCUCUACUAAGAAAAGGCUCCUUGUCACUUUUCUACUGGAAUAAAGCUUUCUAAUGGGUUAUAUUAGGCACUUUGCCAUAAAGCUUCAUUGCAUUUUCAGUAUCAUCAGAUGGUUGAAUCUUCCGGAAUGGAGCAGGCUCCCAGAAGUUGGGAUUGAUUGUCCAAGUGACCAGUUGGCUGUAUCCAGCAUUAAAUGUUUCCACUGUGUGGAGUAAAGCUGUCUGCCCUACACUCCAGUCCCCUCAACAAGAAAAGUAGGCCUUGCUGGUGUUUUGGUCCAGGGCUCACACGAUCAAGUGCUGGGUGGCCAGCCCGGGGCUGGGCAAUGCGGACAGAGGAGACCCGGAGCAACACGCUGAAGGAAAGCGAGACCCRUCUCAGCAAGAAGAGCCUCAGCAAGUCUCAGUUGUGCAAUGACAGACUGUUCUGGGCUGGUUGUCUGAACCGCAGAUAAGAACCGACGGGAAGAGGGGGAAGUGUUAGGUCAGCCACCAGGAUCACAUCCACAGACUGACGAUGGAUUCUUACGCUGUUGUGGUUAGAAUAUAUCAAACACAUGGUCUCUGCUGCAGUGUUUAUUUUGUAACCUAGCUAUAGUAAACAGCUGUUUAAAGUAUUAUAGGCCUAGCCAUGUAUAUUUUUAUUGUGGCGGAGUAUGCCAGAGAUUAAAAUGUGUUGAGUAAGAGACUUGCUAGCUAGGUCAGUCGUCUGGCUUAAAAUGAAUAUGUUUUAACUUGGCUUACCAGUAAGUUUUUUGUGUUAGGUAUGUGUGUGUUUCUUACCCUAAAAAAAGUACAAUGUGCAGUUAUUGCCUUUUAUUUAUGCCUGCUCAGACUGGGGGGAAGUGGGAGAGGAGCUGAAAACACUUAAGGAAACCAUGUUUCACUUAAGGUAUUAAAACACUGUAGCACAAAAAAAAAAACAAAUUUGAUCUUUGUUGGACUGAAGACAAAAGCUGCCUUACGCACCAGUGUGUUGGUAGCAGCAACUCUCCCGUGCAGUGGUUGGAAACCAGGUAACAUGCUAGUGGUAAAGGGCAAAACCGCUGGUACGCGCUGCUGGAGUGGGUCACAGCUUGAGGUGCAGGAAAAGACCAAUCUGUAGAUAUCAGUGAUCUGAUAAAAUUUUCAGUUCUGACUUAUCAGUGAUGGUGGAUACUUUAAGUUCAUUGAAACUUGUAUUGGGUUGUUGCUUUCUUAGGGGAGUUUAGCAUGUCUGCAUAUGCCGUUUGUUCCAGCUCUGAUCUGUAUUAAUACCAGCUGUAUUGAAGUCUUACGCUUAAAAAACAAACCAGCUCCUUCCCACAACCCAAAGCCCGUGCAUGCUAAAUUAUCUGAAGCACACAAAUUAAAAAUGACAAACUGACUCCCCGAUGCAUGUCUUACAGUUCAGCAUCUGUAUCCAGCAAAACCAGCUCGCUCUAGGAGCUCUUCCCUGGCAGCCUCUUCCCACACCACCACUCCAAGGGGUUAACGUGCCUAGUGCGCUCGCCAGCCAGGGGUGCAGUGCCGCAGGUCGCUGUUAUGUGAGACAGGCUGCUCUAAGAGGCUUUGCACACUGAGCCCCCGUGGAGCUUACCAAGCGGUUUACGGGGAUUGGCACAGGCAGGAUGAGGUCGGUCAGGUAGGUUAGCCCUGGUGCAUGAGCAGCUAUGCAUGUGCUCUCUGCAGCGGUCUUCGAGUCAGAAAUGACCACUCAUUCAAGGCCACUGCUGCAAUGCUGUCGGCAUCAUGCCAGCCACUAGAUGGGCAAUGGUCAGUCCAAGCUUGGGAGUGUUUUGGAGAGGGGAGAGAGGAUGGGAAGGUAGCAAUAGUUAUAAUCUGUAAAGAUGUCAGGCAUCUUGGUCUCCCUUUGAAAGAAGAGAACUGAAAGCUGGCCUUACUAGCACUUUGGACUAGAGAGGGAAAAACACCUUAGUAACUUCAGUUAGGAAUGUUGUGCAAGAAUCUUUAUUGUUAAGCUAUGCCCUGUCUGGGUCUCUCACCAGUUUGCAAUAUGAAUAUGCUGCAGCUUAAAGCUCCUUCUAGGAGCUGUGUUUAUGUAAAAAACGAGUUGAGCUUGUAAUGGUUAAAACUGUAUUUAAUUCUU